UUGAACCAACUUUGGAUUCAUUUUAUUCCAUUUUUUUCAUAUUUUAUCACAUGCUACUAAUGUAGCCCGCUGUGGGAAAUAGUCCAUUGCGAUUUUGGCCAGCGUUGGCAAUCGAUAGAGAUUUUCAAUUUUUGUUUAUAAUAAGAAAUUAUGAAUUAUAAAUAAGAUUUACCGUAAUUUUAAUGAUAAUAUAAUUUUAGAAGGGUAAGUAAGCAUUUAUAAAUUUUUUUAGAUGAAAAUUUGUAAAAAUUAUAAUAUUUAAAAUAUGAGUUUUGUAUAAUGAUAAAUAAUUUGAUUCAUAAGAGAGGGGAGAGAAUUAUCAUAAUUUUAUUUUUUAAAUAUUGUGUUUACAAUUUCAAUUAUAAAAUAAGAUACAAUAUAAACGAUAUCAAAUUUGGAGUCGUUCACUCUCCUAAAUAAAGACGGUAAGCGUCUUGAUGGCAUGUCUAUAACAACUUGGCUCGGUGGCAAAAGACUUGACUGGGGAUUGUUGUGAAAGGAAUAGUGAAAAUUUCGAGAAAAAAAAUUGUAUUUUUCAAAAUCAAAAAAAAUCUAUAUGGAUCCUGUCCCAAGAUUGAGUAGCCUUAGGCCAAACACUUUCUUUAUCCCUAUGAGGCAUACUAGCCCAAGAAUUAGGCAUUACACAACUUCGGCUUAUAUUUAAAAUCUCUUCAUAAUACUCUCUUCCCCAUUGUUUCAUACGUUCAACACCUUGAUGACCUGCAUGUAUCAUAAUUAACACUGCUCCUCUUAAUUUCCAUAGAGCUACUCCACGAUUUCCGCUUACUACACAUUCAUAUACUAUUGUCAAGGAUGUGUUAUGUGUUACCUCACUUCCCGCUGAUAGAAACUCUAACCUCUUGGAACUCCGAGAAAUCCAAAAAAUGCAAUAAAUAUAGACUUGAUUUCAGCUAUAUAAAAUUGGCUCAGGCUUACCCCGACCCCCCAAAAAACGAAUUGUUUUGGCUAACUUCGCCGCGAACAUACUUUUCCGAAAAUCCAAAUGGUCAAAAGAUGCGACACCUCGGGAAUAUUCAGCCCUCUAUCCCUUAUUCAUAUAUCUCGUCAAUCGAGAAUCAGGAUCAUCCAAGAGAUGACACUUUAUCGCAUUCUAAGAAAGCGGCUAAACUCAGAGGAUUAGCCAUGAAUCACUUGACGCAAGAUCAAACGCGAGACACCACGUUUAUUCUCAACAUAGGACAUACCCGUAUCCCGACAUCUACUGAUAAAUACUUGGAUUCUAAUAAAAAAGUUUUAGAAAUUAACAAAUUUAGACCCAAAAGCUUCGAUCCAAUUUUGAAAGAAUUCUCUAACGACACACAGGACACGAAAAUAAACUACCUCAAUAAGAUUUCAGACAAAAUUCUAACUCAAAUUCAAAAUCACUCAAUAUGGAAUCCGCUGAAAAAAUUGACAUCCCAUUUACAUGGUUUACCUCAUUUUAAAAUAGACCACGAUUUAAAUUCUCUCGAAUUUAUAGAUAAUAAUUACAACGAUAGCACAAAUAACGUUUCUGAACGCCAACAUCAAAUUCAAUUAAAGACAACCGGGUUUUUAAAUGAUUCGUUCUUAAACGAAGACAUGGGUUACAACACUGCGGCCGACAUUGUUAGCCCCAAUCAUGUUAUAAAGAGAACAGAGGAAGGAAAAUUUGAUAAACGUGGUCUCCCUGUGAGGUAUAUAGCCCAAAACCAACAGAUUCGUAACAUUUGCAACUCUAUUCCAACGAAUAUUACAUCCCCCGAAAAUGUUUUUGACGAUAUCGAUAUGAGUUUUGUAUUCGUGCACGAAAAUAUUAAAAUUAUUUGGUGCAUGAUACCUAAAUGCGGAACUACCUUCUGGAGAAAAAUUCUGAUGGGAAUUAAUAAAGGGAUUUACAACAUGUCAAUGGUAACGCAACUUCCUUGGCUAUUCACGAAAAAUUCUAAGACCCUCAAUUACCAUAAACAAAAAAACACGCUGGACAUAAUUCAUAAGUAUCCCAAGUUCAUAUUUACACGUCAUCCCUUUGAGAGACUUCACUCUGCCUACAUCGAUAAAAUCUUAGGUUCCAACAAUUACGUCGUUAACGCAGUGCACGAAGAAAUCAAGAAUAUUAUGAGGCUAAAACAUUUGACAGCGAGUAAUCAAAGUAAAGAGGGGAUCAAUUCUAGUAUAGACAAUUCAGAGACAACAAAUACGAAUUAUGGCGGUAAAUUUAAAGUUCUCACAAAUGGAUCACUCGAGGAAGCAUGGAUUAGGCCCCCAUGGUCCAGUAAUAUAAGUGAUGAAGGGAAAGGAGGGAAGGAAGAAGAAGAUUCAGAAGAGGAAGAAGAAGGGAACGAGGAGGACGAUCAUCCGUUAACAUUUUCCCAAUUUCUAUCUUACAUAGUAGAACACGAGAAAUAUUUUCCGGGCAGGUCAAUGAACGCCCAUUGGCAACCUUCCUACAACAUUUGCCAACCUUGUAACAUACCUUACGAUUUUGUGGGUAAACUCGAAAAUAUGAAUAUAGAUGGACAGGUGCUUUUUGACAUGCUUGAAUUUAGUAAACUUAUGCCGUUUCCGGCCGAUCUUAGACCCAAUCAUUCGUUUCGCAAGAUCGGCGAUACCAAAUCCAUAUUUAGAGCAUUAGAUCCCGAAUUGUACAAAAAAAUUCGGCACGUUUAUGAUCAGGAUUUUAAAAUGUUUAAUUAUUCCGACAUGGGAUAUGACCCUUCUAAACCUUAUACUGUUAGCUCGCCCGACUCAAUCAGUUCUGCUGGCUAUGAGGUCAACGAUUCAUUUCACAACGAGGAAGAUAAUAAACUUUAUGACAAUAAACUUUAUGACGAAGAAAAGGAUGAUUUGAACUACGAUGUAUGGACAGAUAAUAAAAGGCCAUUUGAAGAUUAUGUUAAUGAUUAUCAUGACACAGAGGAUGCUGAAAACGAUUUGGAAGACGAAAAUAACGAUACUGAAAACGAAAAAAACGAUAUAGAAGAAGAUGAAUUGGAUGAAUUAGAUGAGGAAAAAUUAGAAAAAUAUGUGAGGGAUAACGAGGAAAUGUAAAAGUUAUCUUAAUACUUAUAUUAUUCAUAUAACAAAUCUGUGAUACAUUUACAUUGAACUAAAUUUAUAUUUAUUGAUUAACAACUACCUAAAUAUGCACUAUAUGAAACUUUGUGGUAUAUUUUCU